UUACUGUUCAAUCUGCUCAAAAGUUCCCAUGGGCUUUCGAUAGACCCAUCGUAAAGUUUCAAACCAGAGUUUUCCUACGGUCCAUUGCUCAAACUCCUCAGCCGAAAAAAGUUCAUUAACUUCGAGAAGGACCUGAAGCAUUUGGGUGUGAGGCGAUUGAGUCUAUACCGACUCGUUCAAAAAGGAGCAGGGAGGAGACAUUAUGUCGUACUUUUGGCCGUUCUCCGGAUGGUCCGUGCCGCAAGGACUUCAGAAGCGGCUAUUGAAGUUCCUAUUGAAGCGAGCGAUUGGCCAGUUUCUCGCGGCUGAAAUCGACCUGGAAAAUUUGGAUGUCGAGUUUGGCAAGGGACAAGUGGUCCUGAAGGACUUGGAGUUGAACUUAGAGGUCCUGAAUGAUCUCGUAGCUGACCUGCCGGUCGUCGUCACGAGCGGAAGCAUCAAGAGUAUUCAGGCGUAUAUACCAUGGAAGGACCUGAGCAACUCAAGCUGCACUCUGGAAUUAGAUGGAUUAAAUAUCGAAGUUGCCUCAGUCGCGGACGACCCGGAAAAUGGUCUCUCCAAGUCAUCGCAGAUGUCCGACUCCCAUAUCAUGUCGUCCUCGAUACAUUUCGCCGAGAACUUCCUCCGUAGCGAAGCUACCGAUGACGACGAAUUUAGCGGAGGAGCUGAAGGUUCUGGUGCAGACGAUCCCGGCGCGUCGAGCUUCUCGAACGGCGGGGUGCCACCUGGUGGAUUAGAGGGUCUACAGGUGCUUGCCGGAGUGAUCGACAAGAUCCUAGCGAAGGUUAAGUUUACAGUUCGCAAUACGAAGUUACGCUUUUGUCAUUCGUCACCACACUCGAUGGCAAAAGGCGUUCCGGGAAGCGGUCCCCAUAUAUACUACCUGGACUUCGACCUAUCCUCGCUGGCGUUCCAGGACGAAACGCCAGAAGCCGACGUAUCGAACGCGUCGCUACCAUCGGCUCCCAAAGUGAAAACCGUGCGCUUCUCUGGAUUGACCGUUAGCUUAAACCAGCUCCAUCCAGAAAGUAUUCCGGCAGAACCCAACAUGCCAGCAAGAGAGCCAACAUUCUGCUUCUCUGCAGUCCUUGCAUCGACAGCCAAAAGCCCGGAUGAUGAGAUCCGGAUACUCAUCGAUGAGGGCAAUCACACAGAUCAGCACUUACGGCAAAAUAUGCCUGUACGCCGACCGCGUGUUGAGGUGGACAUCUCAAUAUUCUCGAUAUGCGCCCUUAUAUUGCCAUACCACCACUCAAUAUUGAUGGAGAUGGUCUCGUCACUGCAAGAAAGCAUACUGAUACUAGCACAAAGCCGGCAGUUUGAACAAGGAAGCGAGGAUAUCAACAUGUCGAACCUCUCUCGCAAGCAUAGGUCCAUGUCAAGCUCCUCACCGCCGAGUGAUAUCCAGCAGGAUUGGGGAAGUCGUGGGUAUCCGGCUGCUGGGGAAUUUGUCAACAACAGCGAUACGCCACUUCCGAAGUCUCUCCGAAUACACAUCAGGACCGCGCAUGCCCAUCUCUACCUCGUGACGAGUUUAGCGCCGCCCGUGAUAGACGAAUCGAUGUUCUUCAUUACAUAUUUCAGCGGCAGGCGUGAUGUAUUGCAUUCUGAUCUAUCACGGAGCUUCAUAACAAAAGUCAACACGAGACUGAAUGCCGGGAAGCUGUCGGUGGACGUGAUGCUUGGAGAACUGAUAGGCGCGGAUCAUAUCAAGAUUGCCCUCCAUGGCAUUCUGGCAGCUUACGGGAAAGCUCCACGCGGGAGAAGGAGGAGCCGGUCUCCAGACGAUAUCUCUGAGCUCUACAUUGCUGAGGCUGGACUCUCAGAAUGGGUGCAGGAUACUGACGCAGGACCGAAAUCGACUCCGAAUUCCUAUCAACCAAUAGUCAUGUUUGACGUGGGGGCAAAUACGGACGAGAUUCGAGAUCUGUAUGCGCAACUUGGGAAACCGGUGAUACCCGCGUCAUCCAUAUAUAAGCCUUCGAAGGCCAUGCCGACGUUGCGGAAUGAUGUCCGGUCGCCCGUCGUAGGAGAGACGAGCUCCUGUGCAAUAGUCGUGAGCCUGCAGGCAUCGAGAGCUUCAUUUUCGGACCACUCCUCCCACAUACGGCCAUCGCCAAAAGUUUCCGUGAAGCUUGCACCGGUCAAUGUGUAUAUCAACGCAGCAGCCAUCAACCGAGUUUUGAGGUUGGUGAAGACCGUUGAUACGGAAGCAACCGGGGAAGGGUAUACUAGCUCGUCUCCAUUCGACGAUACACCUGUCGGGAACAUUAUGGAUGACCUAGCUGGGAGUAACAGCAGCUUGGACAUGGACAACGGGAACCGGACAUUCCAGGUCCAGAUCGCGUUGUUACGUUGCUGGCUGAACGUGGCAGAGCCGACGUCCUCUAUUCCCUAUGAUAGCUUGCUCCUCGAUCUCAUCGAUGUCGAUGUAUCCACGUCGCUGGAGGUGACGGAACAUACGAGCAAGAGGCGCGGUAGUCUGGGGUCGCUGCACCAACCUUUAGGAACCUGCUCAACGCACGGCCUGAAUGAGAGCAGGCGGUGGUCGCUGUCCUGGGAAGUCGGUGGCGUUGCUCUUGUUAACUCGAGAGCCAGCCCGUCAGGUCUUACCAUUCAACCAUUCAUGUUGAUGGAUAAGUCCGCCACCACCUCACCUCUAGGACAAACAGGCGACAGCCGACCAAGUAUAGACGUCACCCUUCGGUCCCAUGUAUGCGAUGAGUUACUCGAGAGACCUUCCCUCGAUCUUCACGCCGCAAGUGGAGGGUUUACACUCAAUAGGGAAAGCAGUGAGGAAGAUCUAUCGCCUUAUGGACUGCAGAGCUGGCUGGAUGUUGGCAAACAAUCGGCAGGCAGUCCGAAACGGAAGGGCGAGAGUAGUGAAGAUAAGGAUCUUUUGUGGUUUAAGCAGCGGGCUAUACAGGAGUCGUUAGUACAUAUCGAUGGAUAUGUCCCAACAUGUUGCGUGAACUUGACGAAGGAUGCGUACGAUGGCUUGCAGGUUCUGCUGAGCGUUUUGGCACCUUAUCAGGAAGAGUCGGCCAAGACAGAGAUACCCGCGCCCCCUCUGGGACUCUCCAUGCCCUUAAUACCCGUCUUGGAAUUUCGUCAGCCUGAUACAUCGACUACGUUUCCCGAAUCGUAUACAACCUCACAAGAGUCUCAAAAAUCUCCUGUCAGGCGCGAUCCUUCGACGAUGACACUGAUAGUGAACUCGAACGCUUUCAGCGCGGUGAUACACGCAGCCGAUGCGGAGGAGAAGCCAGAUCCAGACCAGCAGCUGAUGUACACACUGGACGCGGAAGAUCUCCGCCUGUUCGUCGUCAACGGCCACGAGGGAAAGCCCACGACGUAUAUCUGGAUCGACGCCCAGGAUCUGUCGGUGAUCAAAACAUCAAAAGCAGAGCAAACGCCCUCACCAUGCCUGGAUCGCACCCUUCCGCAUGCGUCACAGCCGCAACAGAUGCUCUCGGUAUCGUUCUCUCUAAAAUUCGACGAGGAGCUGAAUAUGAAAGAGACUUGGGCAUCGUUCAACCUGCACGCUUUCACCUUACGGUCCGCUGCAGUCCUCCCACUCGCCCGCGACCUCGGCAACUUUUUCAAAGAGCCCCCAGAGGUCGCGUUGGUCGACACGGCGAGCAGAUUCACAAAGCUGCAUGUCAAUCUACUGGACGGCUGUGUGGACUACAGCCCGGUCGACAUACCGUCGCGAGCGGUUUUGGUCCUUGACAGUGUGAAGAUCUCCUGCGAUUUGAUACCAGAGUCGCCCACUGUCAGCGUGAAGGUGUUGUUGUACAACGCAUGCAUAUUCGCCAUUGAAGACGACAGUAAGCGGAAGGAAGUCGAGUUGCAGACGUUGGGUGGUUUCAUGCACACUAAGAAACAUUGGACGAACAUUGGUUUCGCACAUGUCUUGGCAUGCAACUUUCUGGAACUAUCUCUGCGGACCAACAGCGGAAGCAUAAGUCCGUCGCUGGAAAUAGAUGUGACCAACAACCAACUCAGCCUGGACACUUGUGCCGACUCUUUUCAAACUCUGAUUUCGUUGAUCAAGAACAUUGGCGAUAGUAAAGGCUCGGAGGACACUGAGAAUCCGCCUGUUAAUAGGCACCCGGAGCCGGUUGCUACUAUGCUAUCGGGGAAUCAUGAUGAUCUUAUAGCGAGUCUCGAAGAAGACGUAUUUGGCGGUGUCAAAUCACGCUCAGCGGAAUCGCUUCGCAGUCGGAGAGAUUCUUACGAUCUGCAGAUGGAGUCUAUCGACAACAUGUCUGUCGGCCGCAGCAUUGAUGGCAGUUCCCCGGAAAGCGAAUCCUUCUCUCCUGGCACGUCUGAUGAUUUCGAUUUCGGUAUUGGUGAAUCGGCAAUCACUAGACCACACGGGAGCAGCCCUGGGAAGAGCUCACAAGGAGGGAAUGCUGAGAAUGAACGGACUCGGGUGUUUGGCGAUCAGAAGGGGUUCACGAUUACGGAGAAUUACUUUGCGCAGGUGUCUGCUGCUGCUGAGAAGCGGAAUAUGGAAGGCAACCGGGGAGGCGAGAAGAGCAUGUUCCGCGUUCGCUUACAUGAUCUCGACAUUGUCUGGAACAUCUACGAUGGAUAUGACUGGGAGGCUCAUCGCGAUUUCGUAUUCCAGAGGAGCCACGCUCAAAAAGCCGAUAAACCUCAUCAACCCCCGAGUGAUCAUGGCCACACUCCGCCAAAUAGAAUGCAAAGAGCAGCGAGUUUUGGGUCUGCGGGCAGUUCACCGUCUGGCGAAAAUGGGAUGAUGAGGCCCACUCUUUGGAGAGAAUCGUCGACGGAACUUGGCGUGCCGAUCGAAAACAAUGCGUUUGAGAUCGCGCAUCAGUUCCUACCCACUUUGCAGCAGGGAUCAUCCGCGACCUUCGAUAAUUGGAGAGACCACGACGAUACUGUCAGCGAAUACAGCACCGCUACUGGCGUUUCGUCGCGGCCCCAAGAGGAAAAGAAGUCGAAGGGAACAAGGCGGCGGAAAGUCCCAACAUCCGUAGCAGAACUCGUGCGAACGCAGACGCCGCAAAUCAUGUUCCGCGCAUACGCGGUCAACAUCAAUUAUGAUACAUACUCUGCGACGGCACAAACGGCGUGGGAGCUUGAUGUCAAUGUCAGGGACUUUGAGAUCAUCGACAACCUGUCCACGUCUAGGUGGAGAAAGUUCCUCUCCUACAUGCGACCGGAAGGGAACGCUGCACCGCGGGAGACGAGCAGCAAGAUCAUCAAGGUCAAUUUGAGCAGCGUGAGGCCGAUACCGGAACCAAAUGGCGACGAGGAGUUGAGAUUGAAUAUCGAACUCCUCCCUCUGCGCAUGCAUGUGGAUCAAGAUGCCUUGACUUGCCUCAUCCGUUUCUUUACGUAUGAGCAUCCCUUCCCUCCGUCUCCUCCUGGGCCACCAGCACCCGAUAAUACCUUUUUCCAACUCUGCGACAUACAACCGUUGUCCUUGAAGAUUGACUACAAGCCCAAGCAUGUAGACUACGCCAAUCUGAAAGGCGGAAAUUUCAUUGAGAUUUUGAACUUCUUCCCCUUGGAAGGCGCGUUAAUGAACUUACGCGGUGUCAGACUGACAGGGGUGAAGGGCUUCGACAGGAUUCUCGAUGGUAUCUUCAAACAAUGGCUACCGCACAUUCGCGACACCCAACUGCCUAAUAUGGCGUCGGGCGUCACCGGGGUGAAGUCAAUCGUCAAUCUCGGUUCCGGCAUCGCGGACCUCGUUCUCCUCCCCAUCGAACAGUACAAAAAGGACGGCCGGAUAUUGCGAGGCCUGCAAAAGGGUGCAAAGUCUUUCGCGAAGGCCGCUACGACAGAAACCAUCAAGAUGGGCACGAAGCUCGCCGUUGGCACACAAGUACUACUUGAGCAGGCAGAUGAGAUACUGGGUGGUGAGGGUGGCGGAUCCAACGGCGAUAACACCGAAUAUGGCUUUGGCCCAUCUGGGAGUGCCGACCAGAUCAGCAAGUAUUCGGAACAGCCGCUGGAUAUGCGGGAAGGUGUUGAGCUCGGUUGGAAAGGACUGAGUCGCAACGUCGCUACUGCCGCAAGGACCGUUCUUGCGGUGCCCACAGAAGUCUAUGAGAACACGGGCACACAGGGCACUGUACGCGCCGUCAUUCGGGCGGUCCCUGUUGCCGUCCUUCGACCCAUGAUUGGAGCGACAGAGGCGGUAUCCAAAACCCUAAUGGGUUUGCAAAAUAGUAUGGACCCAAGUCGGAAAGCGUCUAUGGAAGACAAGUAUAAAGGCUAGGUUGUCUUCCUUGGCGUUUCAUUUUACCCAUAUGCAUUGUAUCAUAUAGUUCUGUACAUAGUUUUGUCGCGAGUUCCGUAGUACAGUCAGAGGAACUCCGGGCAAUUUUUUUGGAAGUAUCUCUACGUUCAUGGAGUUCAAUAUCAAUCUGGCAUAUGUGUCCAAUCUUUCAUCAAGUCUGACAUGACCGAGACGCAGUGCAGACGGAUAUUUCGACACGGAAAUGACAUUUCGACGGGUGUCGC